AAAGUUAAAAGUAAAGUACCUACUUUAAAUAUUGUAAGUUCAUCAUUGAACGUUUUUCUAUUGUGUUGUAUAAUUUUACUAUUUAAAACAAUAAGGAUGAGUUAUUAUAAUACUUCGAGUUAUUAUAAUAAUCGUAUAUAAUAAAAAAUAAAGAACAGGUGUACAUAUAAAAUAAAAAUUAUGGGCAGCCCCGAACGAGAACUCUGUCCACCCCCAUCUGAAGAAGAUGAACUAACACUGCCAAGAGCAAGUAUUAACAAAAUGAUUAAGGAACUAGUUCCCUCAGUAAGAGUGGCUUUUGAAUCAAGAGAAUUAAUUUUAAACUGCUGCACGGAAUUCAUUCAUCUAAUAAGUUCUGAAGCAAAUGAAGUAUGUAACCAAAGCAAUAAAAAAACUAUAAAUGCAGAACAUGUUCUUACUGCCCUAGACAAGCUAGGUUUUAGUGAUUACACAGUAGAAGCUGAAGCUGUGUUAAAAGAUUGUAAAGCUGUUGCUGCUAAACGAAGAAGACAGAGCACUAGGCUAGAAAAUCUUGGUAUUCCUGAAGAAGAAUUAUUGAGACAACAACAAGAACUGUUUGCUAAGAACAAGCUAAGCAAGAACAACAGCAAUGGCUAUUAUUGCAGCAACAGGGUCUUGUGGGGCCUGAAGGUGCUCCACAAACAUAUAUACCACCAUUGGUUCCAAAACAAGAUGAUGAAGAUGAUGACUACUCAUAGCUGACUUAGACAUUAAGAAAAACUUAUUGAAAUAAAUGACAUUUGUUUUAUAAUAAACUAAUUCAUUUUCUAUGGGUAGAGAAAUAGUAUUG